AUUGUGCCUUUUUAAAAAUUAUUCCUCUUAUUAUUAUCCGGAGGAAGAUAGAGGUGCACGCGAGGGGGAGGAGGGGGGACGUCAAACGAAGCGGGAGUCAAGCGCAUCGCACCAGGCGAGCCGCGCCCGGAUCGCAUCCCAGCAGCAGCGGCAGCGGCGGCGGCGGCAAGGGGGGCAGCGGGCUCCGCUUCCCGGCUUGGAGCAUGGCCAGUUCUCGCAAAGCCACUUUAAUCCUGCUCAUCUACGGAAUCUUCAUGCACCACAGCGUCUCCUGCACACCUCUGGGACUAAGUUACCCCAAAAUCAGGCUGGACAACGACGCGUUCGACGAGGACGCCAAUUCCUUGGGCGAGUUGGGCUUCGACGGCGACCACCUCGCCCUGCGCAGCGCGCCGUCUUUAAACGACGACGGCGGCGGCGGCGGCGGCGGCGGCGGCGGCGGCGGCUACACGCUCUACUACCCCGCCGACAAGAGAGCAGAAAGGCAUGCAGAGGAGGAAUUAGAUAGAGCCUUGAGGGACAUCCUGGGUCAGUUAACCACGCGGCAUUAUCUGCAUUCUCUGAUGACAAUGCGUGCAGGCAGCGAGGAGAACAGCAUGGAGGACGAAAGCGAGCCGCUCUCCAAGAGGCACUCGGACGGCAUCUUCACCGACAGCUACAGCCGCUACAGGAAGCAGAUGGCCGUGCAAAAGUAUCUGGCGGCCGUCCUGGGACGAAGGUACAGACAGAGAGUGCGCACUAAAGGACGCCGGCUCGCCUAUUUGUAGUGCAGCCCUCCCACCCGCACACUUUGUGCGUGUAUACCGUAUAAAUGUAUGACCCCCCCGGCCCCCCCAACCCGCACACACGCACACGCAGCCAGUGUCAUCCGCCCAUCGUCCACAUGAUAUAGCGAAGCAGUGGAUUGCGCCUCUGUGUUCUCCUUCGACAUGAUGUAAUUAUGUAUGACGUUAAGACAUUAAAAUGAAUAUUUUAUUAAUAAUAUCGUUUCCCCCACCCUCAUUUUUUUUUGCUACGAGAAAAAAAAAGGAACUUGAUUAACCCUCCUGUUAUGUUGCUGUCAAAUUGACUCGAUUUAAAGAAUCAAAGAACGAGCAUUUAAAAUGCAACGGGGGUAGGAUGAACAAUGACAAUGCUUUGGGGAUUAUUUCUCUCUUUUUCGGACUCUUCUUGAUAAUUACACAUCGACGCCCUGGGUCGAAAUGACCCAUUUAAAAGUGAAAGAAUUGUUCGUUGUUGAGUUUUCACACCCCUCCAUCGUGCCCAUUUUGGACACCUGCGGCUCAAUAAACAUGACCCUGGUCAAACUGAGCCAUUUAAAAAUGAACGAAUUGCACAUCAUCCUAUCAUAUAUUUGUCACGAAAUUGUUAAGCGUAGUGUUAACAAUGACCUAUCAACACUCAGUGUGACACCCCCCAGCCCCCAUUUUGAACAAUUUGGGACGAUUAAACACAGUCUGGGUCAAACUGACCUAGCAAAAUGAUCGCUAGUCGUAACAGGAGGGUUAAACUGAACAGUCCAUGGAUGAAUAUCUGUUUAUUUUCAUGUUUCAAGGUGUUUGAAAAAAAGAUCAUAAUUGUGCACCUUCAAAGUUAUGCGCUUGAGAAGAAAAAAAGAGUCAUCUAUACAUAUAUAUAUACAUAUAAAGAGAGAUAUAUAUAUAUGCAGAGAAAUAAAUAGAUUAAAAAAAAGACAAUCAAAGUAUUGAAUGUUACACUUAUUUUUGUAAGCUAUUUUUUUAAGUGUUGUUUGUUUUUUGGACAAAAACAGGCCCAAAGAAGUGGUGCGCAUGCUACAUACCCGUGUAGGAGUUUGUGUGCGCGCGUGUGUUCAACGCUCCAUUGAAAAAUGAUGAUUGUUAUUCUUUGCUUUUUUAUUCCUGCAAGGAUGCCUCAAUGAUGCUCACACUUGCACACUUGUGGAAAAUAUGUGCGCGCGUGUUUGUGUCAAAAGUGCGCUCGGCAAAGAGGAGCGCAAAAUCGGCAUUUACUUUGUCGUUAUCUUGUGCAAUAUCUGCAUGCUCUUGUAUUGUUGGCGGAAAGUGUGCGUUGCGUGUACAUGGCGGGGACUCGCAAACUGUUCGGCAGCCGGGUGCCUGGGGGUGCGCAAGAUUAAAAAUAUAUUGCCAGUUUACAUCUACGGCGUGUGCCGUCCCCCCACGCCCCUCCCUCCCCCGGGUGUCCAAAAGGUUAAAUGUCAGUCGUUAUUUUUUGUUUGAUCAUCCGUAGUGUUUUAACGCAAAGGGGUGGGUUGGUGCGCCAACUAUGUCAGGUUUGUCAAUCAGUCGGGGGAAUUUCGUGUGGAAAUUUGGGUGUCGACCUGCUGAUAAAGAAGACACGGGUAAUCAGAAGCUGUUAAAUAAGAGAGAAGAGGGUGGGCAUAUAUCCAAGUGCAAAACCCCCCCAAAAAGUUCAAAAAUACAUUCCCCAAAAUGGAGUACGGCGACUGCUCCAUCUACUUCUCCACAAUGUAGUUAUGUUAUUUGCCCCCCCUUGGUUAAACAACCAAGUGGGGGCACACCAAAUCUGUUGGGAUGCAGAAGGGGGUGCAUAAAAGCUGUUUAGUAGCACUGGUUAAAAUUUGGGUACCAUUUUUUUUUUUGGGCCACCGAUCACUGGAGGAGCAAAAGCUAAAAAAAACAACAACAAAA